AUGUAUAGUAAUAACAAUAAUAAUAAUAAUAAUAAUAAUAAUCAAAAUCAAUAUCAUCAUUGUAAUAGUUGUUUGAUUGACAACGAUAAUGAUGAUAUUGAUGAUGAUUUGUACUUUAAACAAUUAAAGUUUUUGAUUGGUAUAGAUGGUUUUGAAAAGGUUGCAUCAUCUCAAAUACUAAUGAUAGCAAGCAUUCAAGAUGCACUGACUAUAGAGAUAUUAAAAAACAUACAACUACAAGGUGUUGGUUCAAUUGUCAUCAAACAAAUAUCACCAUCUCUUUCACAACUCACAAAUACUACUACUACUACUACUAUUUACGAUAAUAAUAUUUUUGGAGCAAAGAAUGAAAAAGAUAUUUUGUAUCAUUUAAAUUCAAUCAACAGAAAUAUAAAUGCCAACCCUAUUAAAUUGGAGAGUAUUGAUCAAUUAUUGGACGAUCAAGAUAAUUAUAGUUGUGUGGUUAUUAUUAAUCAAACAAUUGACAUACAAAAGAGGAUUGAUACAAAAUAUCAUUCUCUUGGGAUACCGUGUAUUGUUGCCGAUUCAAAGGGUGUCUAUGGUAGAGUGUUUAGUGAUUUUGGUAGUGUUGAGAAACCUUAUCUAGUCUACAAGGACAAUGCACUUGACCCUUGUACAUUUCACAUUGCAUCGGUCACUCAACUCGAAAUCGAUCCUCCAAAAGCACAGUUUGAGUUUUACAACUAUCUCGUCGAAAGAGAUGCCACCGUUGAUAAAGGAACCUAUCUCAAGUUUUAUAAUAUGAAAGGCCUAGAGUUUCUCCACGACCAAGUAUUUCAGGUUGACCAUUGCAAGAAUGAAUUCAUAACUCUCAAUAUUGAUAUCACUGCCGGUCAAUAUGAUCCAUUAAAUUUUGGUUUUUUUAGAAUCUAUAAUCCUGGUACUUCUAUUACUAGUAAAUCACUUUAUCAAAUUGAUAAGGAAAUUGAAUCAGGCAAUAAUAAUGAAAAUUUAAAACUUUUAAAUAUGGUUGAUUAUAGUGGAGAUGGGUUGAUAACUCAUUUAUCAUUUAGAGUGUUGGAGGAAUACACCAAGAUGUAUGGUCGAUACCCUGGACAAUGGGAUUUACAAGAUUCAAAUGAUAUGGUUACCAUUUGUUUAUCUUUUAUUGAAAGAUAUCCAUCGAUUCUCUCAUCACAGACGACGAGUAGUGAUGAAAAGUAUUUGGAUAUUUUAAAAACAAAUCUAUUAGACACUGUUAGAAAGCUGUCAUUUGUAAAUACAUAUAGAUUAGUUCCAAUAGAAUCUUUGAUUGGAGGAUUGGCAUCUCAAGAGAUUAUCAAAGCUACCACAGGACUGUUCAUUCCAAUCAACCAGUUUCUUUAUGUUGAUCAGUCCUCACUAUUACAACCCUACAACAUAUCAAAUAACCAGUUAGUUUUAUCCUCACCACCUCCAAUUGAAGAAAUAGCUAGUUUAAGAGGAUUUUCAGAUUUAGUUUCAUUGGUUGGAUGGAGUGGAUUCCAAUAUUUAAGAUCUUUGGCAGUAGCCAUCUUGGGAAUACAUGGUAAUGCAUCCGAGACUUUAAAAAAUCUUCUGCUCUUGGGUGUUGGACAAGGACCCGAAGGUAGUAUUCACAUAAUUGACAAGGGUCGUGUCCAAAAAUCAAACAUCACAAAAUACUAUCUACUUGGCAAGGAACAAGACCAUGUAAAUAUCGGAUCACCACUUGCUGCCACCAUAUCUGACAUCUUUCGUACUAGGUUGUCUCCAGACAUGGCCAAUAUCUUUUGGCACAACCAAAAUGUCAUUGCCAAACCCAAACAACCAUAUAUUCCCAAAAAGUUGUUUGAAGGAAUAGACUAUCUUGUGACAACAUCGACAGAAAGACUACAAGAAUUUAGUAGUUCCCUCGAAAAACAUUGUGACACUGUGUUUAUCGAUUGUGGAUCCUCUACUUCUGGUUCUCACAAUCUCGUUACCGUUCCCCACUAUAGUGCCUAUGAAUUGGCAACAUGUAGAAGGGCAAACCAUUCCUGUCACAACUAUCAUUCAUUAUCCGUCUCUUGUAUUGCUCACCAUUGUUCAUCAAUCUAUAGAUCACUGUUUCAUGAUGAUAUUGUAAAUUAUAACACUUGCCUAAAAGAAAAAAAUAAUUUACCAAAUUAUAGAACAAUGGUUGUUAUUUAUCAAAAAACAUUCCGUCAAUGCGUAAAUUGGGCAGUACAAAAGUUUAAAUACAAAUUCUAUAAUGAAAUCAGAUCAACUUUGGAUAGCUUUCCAAAAGAUCAAGUCAACACUCACCGAGUAUCAUAUUUUUGGUCGUGUCCCCUUAGGUAUCCCACACCAAUCGAGUUUAAUCCAGACAACAAACAACAUGUAGAGUUUGUCUUUCACGCAUCACAUAUGAGGGCUCAUAUUUUUAAUGUCAAUCAUAGUGAUGAAAUAGGGCCAGACAGAUCGUUUGAAUCUAUUAGACUCUACCUCCAACAACAACAACAACAACAACAAGGUAAUCAGUCUGAUACCGACGGUGGUGUUUCAUACGACCUUGUUACUGCCCCUGCUAAUGAACCUCUACCAUUCGAGUUGGUAAAAAACGCCAUAAAGUUUAUCAAACUCUCUAUCAACCCGAGAAAUGGUCAUGCCCUCCGAUUGGCCAACAUUAUCAAAGAUUUAAAACUUGAAUUGUUGAAUCUUGAUCCAAACGAGCAAUAUGACAACAACACCUAUCAGUAUGAAAAAAGAGUUUGUGAUGCACCUCAAUCCCUCAUAGGAACCAAUGUCAUUUGUGGUUCAUUGACGGCCAUUUCAUUCUUGGAAUCAAUUAAAACUCCAUCAUGUCUAUUAUUAAAGAAUAGGUUCUAUAACUUUGCACACAAUGAUAUUAUAAGUUAUGAUUUACCCGUUCAAACUUUUUAUGAUGCAAGCAAAACAGUAUCUUGUUGGUCAUUCAUUGAAAUCAAUCAACCUUUAAUGACUCUACAACAACUACUGGAUUUUAUCUACAAGAAAUAUCGUGUCAAUGUAUUAAUGGUAUCUUUUAAUAUCACUUUGCUUUAUGCUCAGUUCAUACCAGAAAAGAGAAAACUUGAAAGAUUACCAAUGAAAUUGACUACAUUGUACGGUAAACCUUUUCCAAUAGAUUCCGACUAUGUCAAUGUUGAUGUAUCAUGUGAAACACUAGAUUUGGAAGCCAAUGAUAUCGAAAUUCCAACAAUCCGUUUUAGAAUUAGAGAUUAG